GCCAAAUGCUAAAUUUUUGUGGAAGAGAAUACCAGAAAAUGUGAAACAAGGUAAUCCAGAAAUAGGGAAUGUCUGGGCAGUUGGCCAGAAGUUGUGGAAUCGAGAUUUUCCUGGGGUUUAUUCUUGUUUAGAACAGGAAUGGCCUGAACAUCUAGUCUCAAUUAUGAAUGUCAUUAGAGAUGCAACAAAAACCCGAGCUGUUCAAUUAGUGGCUAAAGCCUAUUCUUCUAUUGGUGUAGAUGACACUGCAUCAUUUUUAGGAAUGUCUUCAAACCAGGUUAUUAAAGGUGUGUCAUCUUAUGGCUGGUCAGUGGAUUCAUCAUCCAAAAUGAUCUUACCAAAACGGCCUGAUUCACCAAAGGAACAACCAACAUCUAGUGAAGAACAGCUUGCAAAAUUGACAGAUUUUGUAUCAUUCCUAGAAAAUUGAGAUUUUUCUGUAACUUUAUCUUAUUGUAUUCCCAGCAUUUGUAAGAUAUGGAAAUGAUGUUUUUGAGUUUAUUAGUUUUUAUGACCGAAUGGGUGUGAGCAAGGCUUUAUCAACCUUACAGUGAACUAACAUGUCUUAAAUUGUGGCUGUAAAUGUUAUUUAAAUAAAAGCUAAAAGGACUUCAUAUCUAUGUAGUAACAAUGGGAACAACUGGUACUGUCCAGGAUUAUAGAAAUGGUUUUAUUCCUCCAAAGUCACUUAUGAAUUUUUCAUUAGAAACUCAACAAUACCUACUAGCUCUCAUAAUCUUAAACUUGUUAGCAGUAGCCAUAUUAUUUUGUUGACAAACAUAUAGAAGUUGCCAUAUUAGUUUGAAACUUCAUUAUUGUGUUGAUAAAGCCUAUGAAAAGUAUCAAGAUUAAUUUGAAAUUUCAUUGUUUUGUUGUCAAAACCUACCAGAAGUAGCCAGAUUAGCUUGAAACUUGAUUAUUUUCUUGACAAAGCCUACCAAAAGUAACCAGAUUAGCUGGAAACUUCAUUAUUUUCUUGACAAAACCUACUAAAAUAAUCAGAUUAGCUUGAAACUUCAUUAUUUUCUUGACAAAGCCUACCAAAAGUAGCCAUAUCAGCUUGAAACUUCAUUACUUUGUUGACAAAGCCUACCAAAACUAGCCAACAUAAAAUGAAUCUGGUUUCAUUUUAAAGUGAAAUCUUAGCUUGAUGUGCUUUUGCUUCAUUACACAGACUUACCAAUACUACUUAGUUUGACUCGUUUUUAUAUGGACUUACAAGCACUAGUUAGUUUGACUCGUAUUACACAGACUUACCAACACUAGUUAGUUUGACUCGUAUUACACAGACUUACCAACACUAGUUAGUUUGACUCGUAUUAUAUGGACUUACAAGCACUAGUUAGUUUGACUCGUAUUACACAGACUUACCAAUACUAGUUAGUUUGACUCGUAUUACACGGACUUGCCAACACUAGUUAGUUUGACUCGUAUUACACAGACUUGCCAACACUAGUUAGUUUGACUCGUAUUACACAGACUUACCAACACUAGUUAGUUUGACUCAUAUUACACAAGACUUACCAGUGCUAGUAGUUAGUUUGACUCGUAUUAUACAGACUUACCAACACUAGUUAGUUUGACUCGUAUUAUACAGACUUACCAACACAAGUUAGUUUGACUCGUAUUAUACAGACUUACCAACACUAGUUAGUUUGACUCAUAAUACACAGACUUACCAACACUAGUUAGUUUGACUCGUAUUAUACAGACUUACCAACACAAGUUAGUUUGACUCGUAUUAUACAGACUUACCAACACAAGUUAGUUUGACUCGUAGGGUUUUUUGUUUUACUAGAUUAAACCUAGCACCUUAUUUUUUUGUAUGUUGCUUUCAUAAGUUAAAAAACAUGUGCACAAUCCAGCUUGGAUUUUAUAUUAUUUAUUCAUUAAGCCAAAUUUACUUACACUAACACUUUUAUAAGCCAAAAAUUACCAACAGUAACUAGCUUGUCUUGCCCCCUUUUUUUAUACACACAGUGAUCAGCUUAUAAAUUUCAUGUUUCAUCACGUAGAACUUAAAUACACUAUUCUCUUUGGCUUGCACUUUGUUUCUUUUUUUCAUAACCCAAAACUUAUCAAACUCUGUUUUGAUUAUAUCUUGUGUUUUUCAUAUUAAAAUCAAGACUAGACAGCA